UUCAAUUUUGAAUUCCCAAAAUCAUAUUUUGUUCAUCUGUGCCAGGUUUCCAUUGGACUACUUCGACGAUGUGGCGACCAUAUUGAAUCGUAAUGCAUUAUGGGUCGUGUAGGGGGCAAACAAAGCUUCGUUACAGUGAAGUCGAUUAUCAUUAACAACUCAUCACGAGAGAAUACGAAAAAAAGAUUUGCACCAAAAGAGUGGGACUGGGAAGCGGCGGGCUUCCUGUGUUAUCCUUACUUGGAUCACGUUGUAAGAAUGUCAGCGGAUGUUCUCUUCAAACCAAAAUGGCGGCUAACAUGGUGAACAGAGUAGUAAUGCCAGGAGACAUAUUAGGCAGUAUACAAGACAUCCAACAUCAAUCUGAGAAUAAAAAUACCAAGCCAAGACUAGGACCCGGCUUAAGACAAGAAAAAGAUAUUGUUAUUGCUUUUAAAUCAGGCGUUCUCAGGCAUCGCAGUCCUGCAACUUUCUGGAUUGACACGAAUCAAAAACGAUACAUUCCAGUAAAGGAAGAAAGGGUCAUUGGUGUCGUGUUAAACAAAGCUGGAGAUAAUUUUAAAGUGGACAUUGGUACGAGUAUUUCUGCAUCGCUGUCGUCUCUGGCCUUUGAAGGAGCAACGAAAAAAAAUCGACCAAAUCUACAGAUUGGAGACAUAGUAUAUGCGAGACUUGCAGUUGCAAAUAAAGACAUGGAACCAGAGUUAGACUGCACAGAUGGUAGUGGACACAGCACAGGCCUUGGACCAUUAAAUGGAGGAUUUAUGUUUACAUGUUCUCUUGGUCUAUCCAGAAAGUUGUUAAGCAAGGACUUUACUCUACUUCCACUCAUUGGGAAAUAUUUCCCAUUUGAAUGUACUGUGGGCUCUAAUGGUAGAGUCUGGAUAAAUGCAAAAACAUUAGCCCACGUAAUUGCAAUUUCAAAUGCCAUCACUAAUGCUGAGUAUAUGACAGACAAGCAGAUACAUACAAUGGUGAGACAGCUUGUCGAAGGGAUCAUGUAAUGAAGAAGAAAAUCCAAAUAUUGAGUGCAUUAUGCACUUACUUAGGUCUGCUGUUUUUCUUAAGACACCAACAUUUUAUCUGACCAAGAGUUCUAGAUACAGUACACCCAAAGCCAAAGCCAGUCUUGGAAUCAGAUGCAACGAAACAAUCCGUUUUACCAAUAGGGUUUUGAACCAACACGUGACAGAAGCCAUGUUACAUGUAGAUGGCAGCAAGAAUGGGUAAUAGGCCCUUUGCAGUUAACGGUCACGUGUCUGUACUGGACUGCAAAAUKUUUGUUUUUAUAUUAAAUUGGUGAUUCUUUUUAGCUACUUGUAAAGAACUGAAUGAAAACAUGU